AUGCGAAUAGAUUUCUAGGGUUCUGUUGAUAAGACAUGCUAUUUUGAUAAUCUUAGUUUAUUUAAAAGGCCUAUGAUCAGUGCUAUGAGCAUUGAUCAAUCUAAAGGUGAUAUUUAUCUUUUGAUCCAUUUAUCCGAUCAAUAAGGUAAUCUUUAUGCAAUUAAGAAUGAUUUAAGCUAUAUCAACUAAAUUUAUAGAGUUAACAAGUAAUACACUUUCUUCUGCUCUGUCUACUAUUAUCUAUAGCAGAAUAAAGCAUUUGUAAUGGGAGUUUGGAUGCCACCUACUACUGAUAAUUUUGGAAUAUUUAUAGCCAUUUUGUAUAAUGAUCUUGGGUCAACUUAUACCUAAUUUGCUUUCCAAGCAAAUGAGCUUAAAUAGUACUGA